ACAGCCAGCACAGCGCAACAACAACAAGCAAGGAGAGAAGAAGAACCAAGCAAAAGAAAAGCCAACGAAAUCAACUGCGAAAAUUUUGGAUCUUCUUCCUACACACAGAACUUACGUUGUCCAAAUGCUUUUAAAUGUGAACGCAAGGGAUUAAAAACGGCAAAAAGUUGAUGUGUGUGUGUGUGUGCAUGUGUGUAUAGAAAAUCAAAGCAAGUUUCAAUAGCUCAAUAGUGCAACGCAACCAGGUACGAGUGCGUGCAGCAGCAGCAGCAGCAACAACAACAACAACAACAACAACAAAGAGAGCGAGAGCCGACCCGAGCCGUAACUCACUUUGCUUUGGAAUUUUCAUUUGCUGCCUUUUCUUGCUUUUAAUUUAGCUUGAACAUUUUAUAGACGAAACGAAAUUUGAAGUCAGGUGGCGUGACCUUUCAUAACAGCUAACAUGUCUUGGACAGAGAAAGUAGAUCCGGAGUUGAUCUUCACCAAGCAGGAGCGAAUUGGCAAGGGCUCCUUUGGUGAGGUGUUCAAAGGCAUUGACAAUCGCACGCAGCAAGUGGUGGCCAUCAAGAUCAUUGAUCUGGAGGAAGCCGAGGAUGAGAUCGAUGAUAUACAGCAGGAGAUCAUGGUGCUAUCACAGUGCGAUUCACCGUAUGUGACUAAAUACUAUGGAUCCUAUCUGAAGGGCACUAAGCUUUGGAUCAUUAUGGAGUACUUGGGCGGUGGCUCCGCAUUGGACUUGAUGAAAGCGGGCUCCUUUGAGGAAAUGCACAUUGGCAUUAUAUUGCGCGAGGUGCUGAAGGGUCUCGACUAUUUGCACUCAGAACGCAAGCUCCAUCGCGACAUCAAGGCGGCCAAUGUGCUGCUCAGCGAACUGGGAGACGUAAAACUAGCCGAUUUUGGAGUAGCUGGCCAGCUAACCAACACGACAUCCAAGCGCAACACAUUCGUGGGCACACCCUUUUGGAUGGCGCCGGAGGUUAUCAAGCAGUCCCAGUAUGAUUCCAAGGCGGACAUAUGGUCGCUGGGCAUUACGGCCAUUGAGCUUGCGAAAGGCGAGCCACCCAACUCGGAGCUGCAUCCGAUGCGCGUGCUCUUUCUAAUACCGAAAAACAAUCCGCCCCAAUUGACAGGUAACUAUACGAAGUCAUUUAAGGACUUUGUCGAGGCAUGCCUCAAUAAGGAUCCCGAGAAUCGACCCACGGCCAAGGAGUUGCUUAAGUAUCCGUUUAUCAAGAAGGCCAAAAAGAAUGCCUACUUGAUUGACUUAAUCGAUCGCUUCAAGAAAUGGAAACUUUCCAAGGGCGAUGAAAGUGAAACCGAAUCGGAGAACUCCGAUUCCGACUCGGACGCCAAGCAGAGCGGUGGCGGCGGCAGCAGCCACGACGAGCCCUGGAUAAUGACCGUCAAGGGUUUGCACAUUAAUAGCGCACCGCGUGCUGGUGUUAACAGCUUCCAGCUGCAGGAGCACGAGUUGACCAUGCAGAAACUUAUGGCCACCACACACUCGCCCUCGGGCAACUCCAGUGGCAGCAACCAAACCGCUUCGGGCAGCAAUAGUAGCAACAGUAUUGGAGGCGCAGUCAAAGCCGCGAGUGCAGCUGGUGUGGGUAAUGCAACUGCAGCGACAGUGGCGUCCGCUGCCAGCGACACACCAGCGUUGGGUAACAGCAACAGCAACAACAAUAACAAUAACAACAACAGCAACAACAACAACUUGAACAGCAAACAUGCCACAACUACCAUGCUAAAUGCGCCAUUGAGUGGAGGAGGAGUGGCAUCAGCUAGCAAUGCGUCAUCCGGCGCUGGCAGGAUGCUGCCUGUCAGCACAUCUAACUCGGCCAAUGACCUUGUGCAGAAACGUGCCAGCUCUAAAACAGAGCUCCGUCAGUCGCGCUCUGUGGCCACAUUGGAUCAGGUGGAGGAGCGUCGCGCCUCUCUGGGCCUGCCACUUAGCAUGGACCAGCAUCAACAGCAGCAGCAGCAACAGCGUCGUAGCAAUAAUCGUGAAUCAUUCCAUGCGACAAGCGCCAACAAUGUGAGCAACUGCAGCAGCAGCAGCAACGCUGCCGAACACAACGAUUCCUUGGCUUCCAAUCAAUCCAAUCACGGCAAGCUGGCAACCAGUCAGGGACAGCGAAUGCUACAUCACACGAACAGCGCUUGCCUGAACAACUUGCUCUUCCCAGUGCUGAGCGACAUACAGCGCAAGUACAGCAAUAGCAGCAAGAAUUUGCAGAGCAUGCACGGCGUGGGCGUGGGCAGUGACAUUGGCGACCUGAAAUCUGUGUUUGAGCUGGCCGAGCGUUCCAGUCCGGGCGUUAGCGAUCUGUUCAUGAAGGAGCUAAUCCAUAUGUUGAUGCCCGGCUAUUCGGAGACGCGCAUCAAUAACAUUAUGGAUCGCGCCAUACGUAACCGCAAAUAGGCCGUGAAACGGUUAACCAAAUUCCAAAACAAAACUUACAUAAACAUAUAUAUAUAUAUUCUAUAUACAUACUAUACGUGUUAAAUAAAUCCCGAGAAACAGCAACGGCAAACAACAUAUUCCGACAUAGUGGCCAAUGGAGCAAGCAGCGUUAGACUUAUGAAAAACGAAAGUUUAUAUAUACUUAUGUAGUUGUACAUGUACGUAUUUCAACUGAGCCAUGUGGCAAAUGUUUAUUCAACAGUUAUUUAGGCAUACAAGAUGUAUUCGUUU